ACAGCAAAAGUAUUGAUUCUAAAAUUCAUGUCAAACUGUAAGGAAAGAAAAAAAAAAUCACCAUGGAUGGCGAAUCAAAAGUAACACGAUUCAGAGCACCAGAGAAAGAAGAAUGAGAUUCCAAAGAGGGGAAACAUCGGAGAAGAGGUUGCUAUGGGUUUUGUUAUCUACGCUUGAUGAGCUUCAAGGAUCUGGAGGCGGGUUUUAUGUCUUUGUUGGAGGAAUAACCCCAACUCCUCUUGGAGAAGACAAGUCCACUGCUACUGUUGGGAUGUGUCAAGCUUUGGGUGCACUUCUGGAAAAAAAGCUUGAACACCACAACUCCAAGGACCAGCCUUUGGAAUUAAAGGGGGUGCAGCUGGUGCUGGUUACAGUCAGUCAGUCAGAAAAGGCUCUGUUUAAUCGGUUGUGCCCACUAAAUAAAGAAGGAAAGCGAAGCUUUAGUGAUAUCAUGUUCAGACGUUUGAAGAAGCUCGGUAUUUCCAAAACCAAGCCUGAGGAACUUACACCUGAAGAAGUUAAAAGAUUUGCUAGGCUUGACAUUGACCCAAAUUCUAUCACAUGGAGAAGAGUGAUGGAUGUGAAUGAUCGAUUUUUGUGGGAGAUUACCAUUGGCCAGGGGCAAGAAGAAUAGGGAUGGUUAGGGAAACGGGAUUUGAUAUUUCUGUUGCCAGUGAGAUAAUGGCAGCUUUAGCCCUGACAUCACCUCUCUCUGAUAUGAGCCUUUCAAAAAUAAAAAAAAAAACCUCUAUCUGAUAGGAGAGAGAGGCUUGGAAAAAUGGUGAUUGGAAA